GGUGCAUUUUCCCAGUUCCCUUUUAAAUGACUGCGGAAAAAUAGACUCGGAGCCGCAAAUGGGAAGACGGAUUCUCAGACAAGGCUUGCGAAUGCCCCGCAGCCAUCAUUUAACUGCACCCGCAGAGCAGUUACGGUUUGUCACCCGACCCUCCCGGAUCGCCUCGUUUGUCCCUAGUGAGACCCCGAGGCUCUGCCCGCGCCGGGGUUGCCGGUAGCUGGAUGCCUGUCGUGCUCUGGGCAGCCCGGGCGCAGUGCACGCGUUCGCGCACACCCGCGCACACACGAAAACGCGCAAGAGCUGAACCGAGCCCGGUUUCCAUUUCAAAAAAGGAGACAGCCUCUACUGCGAUUGUAGAAGAGACCGCCGUGUGAAUUAGGGAAGAGAGGCGUCGAGCGGUGGAACGGUCCAUCUCGGAGACUAAUUUUCUGGAGUUUCUGCCCCUGCUCUGCGUCAGCCCUCACGUCACUUCGCCAGCAGUAGCAGAGGCGGCGGCGGCGGCGGCGGCGGCUCCCGGAAUUGGGUUGGAGCAGGAGCCUCGUUCGCUCCUUCGCUCGCGCUCUCCGCGCUCAGUGCCCAGCGGCAGGAGGAGCCUGCACCCAGGCGCCGCCGGCGGGCGGUAGGCGCCGGAGCCCGGCCCCGAGGUGCGUCCCGGAUUCCAGUGCGCGUCUAGCAAGAAGCCUGCGUCCCGGGGAGUGCCGGCAGCGCCGCCGGCCGGUGCUCGGCGCGCCGGGCCAUGCAGCGGCGGCCGCCGCGGAGCUCCGAGCGGCGGUAGCGCCCCCUGUGAGGCGGCCAGAGAUGCCCCGGCCACUGUGAACGGUGCCGCCCGCCAGGACACGCUCAGCCCCGGCCACUGUAGGCUCUGCGCGCCCGCUACAAACACCGGGGCGAGGGAGCGGCGAGCGCGGCACAGGCCGCCCAGCAGGGGCAGGGGAAGCCGGCCGGUGCAGCGCGGGGACACGUACUCAGUCUGACUCGGGCUGGCACUGGAGGCUGGGGAUGUCGUCCUGGACGAGGUGGCAUGGACCCGCCAUGGCGCGGCUCUGGGGCUUCUGCUGGCUGGUUGUGGGCUUCUGGAGGGCCGCUCUCGCCUGUCCCACGUCCUGCAAGUGCACCGCCUCUCGGAUCUGGUGCAGCGACCCUUCUCCGGGCAUCGUGGCGUUUCCGAGGUUGGAGCCUAAUAGUGCAGACCCUGAGAACAUCACCGACAUUUACAUUGCCAAUCAGAAAAGGUUGGAAAUCAUCAACGAAGAUGAUGUUGAAGCUUACGCAGGACUGAAAAAUCUGACAAUUGUGGAUUCUGGAUUAAAAUUUGUGGCUCAUAAAGCGUUUCUGAAAAACAGCAACUUACAGCACAUCAAUUUUACCCGAAAUAAACUGACCAGCUUGUCUAGGAAACAUUUUCGUCACCUUGAUUUGUCUGAACUGAUCCUGGUGGGCAAUCCAUUUACAUGCUCCUGUGACAUUAUGUGGAUCAAGACUCUUCAGGAGACUAAAUCCAGCCCAGAAACUCAGGAUUUGUACUGCCUAAAUGAAAGCAGCAAGAAUAUUCCCCUGGCAAACCUGCAGAUACCCAAUUGUGGUUUGCCAUCAGCAAAUUUGGCCGCACCUAACCUCACUGUGGAGGAGGGAAGGUCUAUCACAUUAUCUUGCAGUGUUUCAGGCGAUCCAGUUCCGAACUUGUACUGGGAUGUCGGUAAUCUGGUUUCCAAGCAUAUGAAUGAAACGAGCCACACACAGGGCUCCUUAAGGAUAACUAACAUUUCAUCUGAUGACAGUGGAAAGCAGAUCUCCUGUGUGGCAGAAAAUCUUGUAGGAGAAGACCAAGAUUCUGUCAACCUCACUGUACAUUUUGCUCCAACUAUCACAUUUCUCGAAUCUCCAACCUCAGACCACCACUGGUGCAUUCCAUUCACUGUGAAAGGCAACCCCAAACCAGCUCUUCAGUGGUUCUAUAACGGGGCGAUACUGAAUGAGUCCAAGUACAUCUGUACUAAAAUCCAUGUUACCAAUCACACGGAGUACCAUGGCUGCCUCCAGCUGGAUAAUCCUACUCACAUGAACAAUGGGGACUACAAGUUAGUAGCCAAGAACGAGUAUGGGAAGGAUGAGAAACAGAUUUCUGCUCACUUCAUGGGCUGGCCUGGAAUCGUAGAUGGUGCCAACCCAAAUUAUCCUGAUGUAAUUUAUGAAGAUUAUGGGACUGCAGCAAAUGACAUUGGGGACACCACAAACAGAAGUAACGAAAUCCCUUCCACAGAUGUGGCGGACAAAAGCGGUCGGGAACAUCUUUCGGUCUAUGCUGUGGUGGUCAUUGCGUCUGUGGUGGGAUUUUGUCUGCUGGUGAUGCUGUUUCUGCUGAAGUUGGCAAGACACUCCAAGUUUGGCAUGAAAGAUUUCUCAUGGUUUGGAUUUGGGAAAGUAAAAUCAAGACAAGGUGUUGGCCCAGCUUCAGUUAUCAGCAAUGAUGAUGACUCUGCCAGCCCACUCCACCACAUCUCCAAUGGGAGUAACACCCCAUCAUCUUCAGAGGGCGGCCCCGAUGCCGUCAUUAUUGGAAUGACCAAGAUUCCUGUCAUUGAAAAUCCCCAGUACUUUGGCAUCACCAACAGUCAGCUCAAGCCAGACACAUUUGUUCAACACAUCAAGCGACAUAACAUUGUUCUGAAAAGGGAGCUAGGCGAAGGAGCCUUUGGAAAAGUUUUCCUAGCUGAAUGCUAUAACCUCUGUCCUGAGCAGGACAAGAUCUUGGUGGCAGUGAAGACACUGAAGGACGCCAGUGACAACGCCCGCAAGGACUUCCACCGUGAGGCAGAGCUGCUGACCAACCUCCAGCACGAGCACAUUGUCAAGUUCUACGGUGUCUGUGUGGAGGGAGACCCGCUCAUCAUGGUCUUUGAGUACAUGAAGCACGGGGAUCUCAACAAGUUCCUCAGGGCCCACGGGCCUGACGCUGUGCUGAUGGCCGAAGGCAACCCGCCGACAGAGCUGACGCAGUCCCAGAUGCUGCACAUCGCCCAGCAGAUAGCGGCGGGCAUGGUCUACCUGGCGUCCCAACACUUUGUGCACCGAGAUCUGGCCACCCGGAACUGCCUGGUCGGUGAGAACCUCCUGGUGAAAAUCGGGGACUUCGGGAUGUCCCGGGACGUGUACAGCACUGACUACUACAGGGUCGGUGGCCACACGAUGUUACCCAUUCGCUGGAUGCCUCCAGAGAGCAUCAUGUACAGGAAGUUCACCACAGAAAGUGAUGUCUGGAGCCUGGGAGUCGUGUUGUGGGAGAUCUUCACAUACGGCAAACAGCCCUGGUACCAGCUGUCGAACAACGAGGUGAUAGAAUGCAUCACUCAGGGCCGAGUCUUGCAGCGACCUAGAACAUGCCCCCAGGAGGUGUAUGAGUUGAUGCUGGGGUGCUGGCAGCGAGAGCCCCACAUGAGGAAGAACAUCAAGGGCAUCCACACCCUCCUUCAGAACUUGGCCAAGGCAUCUCCGGUCUACCUGGAUAUUCUGGGCUAGGGCCCUUUCCCCCAGACCGAUCCUUCCCAAAGCACCUCCUCAGAUGGGCCGAGAGGAUGAACGUCUUUUAACUGCCGCUGGAUGCCAUCAAUCUGCUGUUGUGCACUCCGACAGUAUUAACAACAAAGACACCGAGAGGCUUUCAGAGGGAAGCCAUGUGCACUUCUCCAUCCGCAGACACAGUAUGGACUUCUUUUUGGCAUUAUCUCUUUCUCUCUUUCCAUCUCCCUUGGUUUCUUCCCUAGUUUUUCUUUUCUUUUUUCCUUUUUCUUUUGUCUCUCCCUUUUUUGUUUUUUGGGUUUGUUUUUUUUUUUUUUUUUUUUUUUUUUUUUUGUCUUCCUUGCUUUACAGUCCUUACUCUUUGUUUUGAAUCAAUCUGGCUUCUGCAUUACUAUUAACUCUGCAUAGACAAAGGCCUUAACAAACCUAAUUUGUUAUAUCAGCUGACACUCCAGUUUGCCCACCACAACUAACAAUGCCUUGUUGUAUUCCUGCCUUUGAUGUGGAUGAAAAAAAGGGAAAACAAAUAUUUGACUUAAACUUUGUCACUUCUGCUGUACAGACAUCGAGAGUUUCUAUGGAUUCACUUCUAUUUAUUUAUUAUUAUUACUGUUCUUAUUGUUUUUGGAUGGCUUAAGCCUGUGUAUGAAACAGGAAAACUUGUGUUUAAUCUGGGAAGCCUUUAUCUAUGGGAGAUUAAAACCAGAGAGAAAGAAGAUUUAUUAUAAACCACAGUAUGGGAGGAACAAAGACAACCAUUUGGAUCAGCUGGCGUCAGUCCCUACUUAGGAAAAACCCAGCCACUGUUAGCUGGGAGGAAUGUAUUCGGCACCUUCCCCUGAGGAGCUUUCUGAGGAGUAAAAAGACUGUUGAACUCUGUGCCAUGGACUAUUCUUUUCCCAUCACCGGAAACACUAGGGUGUAGUUGAGAGAAAAGAUGGCUUCCAUGGGACGCAAGAUGGCGCAUCACACGCUCCGACAGUCUUGUCUUUGCAGGUCACGGUGAUAGCACUGGUUUGUUUUUCCAAGUGUUGUCCACUGAACCUUUGUCAAGUUUAGCUGAAAAUGGGUGCAUUCUUGUCCAGAGAUCAUUUCAGGGUCAGGUGGGAAAGCCAAAGACUUGGAAAAGAUAGGACAAGCUAUAAGUUCGGAGGCAUUAUAUUGAACUUUUCAGAUAGCACUUCCUCCGACUCCUACCCUCCACCCCACCCGUCCUUUCAACUGUGCAAGCAAAAUUGUGCAUGGUCUUCGUCGAUUAAUACCUUGUGUGCAGAAACUACCGCUCCAGACGUCGUGCCCCUGAUAUGUAGAGCAGAUCCAUAAAAGGUAUAACUUGUAUACUUAGGGGAAGCUAAUGGAGUUCAUUAGCUAAGUAUAAAUGUCUCUGGGUUGUAUGGUGGUGAUGGGUUUUAACGAAUACGGACCCCGAAGCCACGUCGAACCAACUGUGGGACUGUGGGAAGGGAACACUCAGUUCCUAAGGGAAAAGAAACCUCACCCUGGGGGCAUCACAUGCAUUGAUGUUCAGUGUGCACAGGCCAAGACCUUGCUCUGGGUUCUGGUUGGGAGAGUGGUUUCAUUCCAAGAGUACUCCAUUGUCAGUAUGCUGUUUGGGUUUUUUUUUGUUUUGUUUUGUUUUUUUUCAUUCCAUUAAAAGAAGUAAAAAUUCAGGCACAGCAUGCCAUUGGGAAGCUGUGCCCAGACCGAGCUUUGGAGGUGUGCUUUUGGGUAUAGUCAUAGUGUUUGCAAAAAAAGGUGGUAAAUUUAAAUAGAAAUUUACAGUUGUUUGGAUGAUCAGUUUUACCAAGGAAGAAAACUAUUUCUGUUCCUCAAGAAAACCUGCUACCCUCUGUGAGGGGAAUUUUUGCUAACUUGACAUCUUUAUAACACAAGCCAGAUUGAAAGUGAGUGAAUCUAAUUCAUCUUAGGACAUUUUAUUUCAUAUUUGUUUCUGAAGGUGCAGUUGCUCUGUUUAGAUUUUGCUUGCGCCCUUAAAUCCUGGAGCACCUUGUUUUCCACGAUAGGCUUCGAAAGCCAGUUUUCAAAAAAUCAAAAGUGUCGAUUAACAGAGAACAAAGAGAAUUGCAGUAGCAUCUCCGGUCAAGUGAAGGGGGUUGGACGAGAUGAACCCUACAGUCCCUUCAAGUUCUGCGCUGGCCUAUGAGACACGGGAGUUGAGUUGAUUGUUCUCUUUGUCGGUGAAAAAAAAAUACCCUCCAGAAUACACAUAAUAAUAUAACGAAAGCCAUAUCUCCAUGAUAUAUACCUGCACGUAUAUAUCCUAUUAAGGACCCAUGGUACUGUUAAAACACUGUGGCACUCUGGGAAGCAGUAAAGAAGGGGCAGAUUUGUACAAAACCUCUCUAGAUUCCAUCAGUGAUGACCUGAAAACCUGCACACGCUUGUCAUUCUGCGUGACUGGCCAGCUGCGUGGGGCAGGGAGGGGCACGGGGUGGGGUGGGGGAGAAGCUGCAAGUUAUUUGUUUUAUUUUAACAGAGAGCAAAGGAGACAAAUAGGCUAAGGGGUCAAAUUCAAGAAGGGCUGUGCAGUUUUAAAGCAAGGAUUUGUUCAAGGCAAAUGAGAAGAUGGCAGCAUUCUAUUCCAUUCCGAAGUUGUGUUUUCCUCCGAAAGUAAAAAGCAAAAAAAAAAAAAAAAAAAAAUUCUUACCUUCUGACAAGUCCCUCAAGGUCUUGAAAUGAAAGGUUCUAUGCAAGUGCAAAGUUUUAUAGUUAUUUAUAUUGCUGAUCAUUAUUCUUAUUUUUUUCUCUGUUGUCUCAAGAGUAUGUACUGAUUUCAGAGACAUCUCUCAUUGAAAGAAUACCAGAUCGAAUGAACCACCAAAUAGCUUAACUCAUUCAUCACCGUUUUUCCACCAUCCCCUCUUCUCAUGCUCUUUUAAUUUUGAGAAAAGGAACAUCCUCGUCCUGUGUAAUGAUCACAGAAUAUGGCCUGCUAUCAAAUUUGUGAAAAAUCCCAACAGUAGUAGGGGCAAACCUAAUUCUCUAGCCCAAACUCAGUCUGACAAUCGUUUCCAUUUGCAAAUUGUUCAAUAGUUUUCCAGACACUUUUCACAUCUGGUAGCCAAUUAUCCCCAUUCUUUAUGAGCGCGGGAAUUGGGACUCGGAGAAGUUAAGUGGCGUACUAGAAACCUCCAGGUUAGCUUCUGGCACCACUGGGACGUAAUCUGAGUGUUCUAACUCUGAAGUCCGUGGUUCUGUCCACUGGAGACUCCAGGAUACAAACAAUCCAAGAAAGCAAGUGCACCGAUCAAUUCGUGAAGCAGGACAUGAAGUUGGAAAAGCAAAAUGGAAAACGUGAGAUGACAAGCAGCUGAAAUAUCGUGAUAUAUAAUCAUGCUUAUAGCUUCGGCUACAUCCUCGUACACUGAACCAACAUUGUAAUCAGGCUUAUUUAGAAAACACUUUGAACUAUGCUAGAAAAGAUUAUAUCAGAAUUCAUAUUAUACAUAUGCGUCCCCAUCAGCGCUACCUGUGGUAUUUUCAUGUAUUUAUAUGUGUAUUAUAAAUACUUGAUUUAUACAUAUACAAACACACAUACAUAGUGUGUUUGUGUGCUUAUGUAUAAAUGUAUAGGCACACAGUAAUAGAGAUAAUUAUGGGUAGGGUGCAGUAUGAAUAAUUUGCUUAAAGUCUGCUAAAUAACCAAAACUUUGUAAUGUCCUAUUGCGGUUAAUGCUUCCAUUCUCCAUGUGGGUAGGACUCCAUCGCACUUUUCAACUCUGCAGUACUGCAUGGGUGGAAGACAUAUUUAAGCUAAUGUGCUUCCCCAAACAACUAAAUCAAAGCCAUCCCACUACACUGAGUCCUUUCUCUGGCUCCUUGCAAAGGAAAACGCAGACUGAAAUAGAUCUCCUUAUGUAAAGAUCCGGGAAAGGAAACUGAUUUUUUUUUCAUCCUUUUGUACAUUUGUAUAAUGCUCACCUUGUCCCACUGUGACCCCUGUACACUCGUGUUCAGAGUACAAGCAUUCCAAAAGAGAGCCGGAAUGUUGGGAGCCCGGUGUCUCAAAGGCCAGUGGUGAGAAGUCUAAGACCCUGUAGCAAGACGAGUGACUCUUAGGAAUUCCCAUAUCUGAGUGGGAAUGGAAGCAACAACCUUAUAAAAUGCUGUCCUUUGCAAAGAGCCACGACAAAGGGAUCCCCUGGUCAGGAACAGACUUUUCUUUUGAACCUUUCUUUUUUUGCAAAUUACAUCUUCUAUAAUGCCAAUAGUAUUAAAUUGUAUGUCUGAUUAAAUAAAUGACUCCAUACACACACACCCUCAA